AUGUUUUCAGCGAAACCGGUUAAAUUUGAUUACCAAGGCAGCCAACACCUCUUCAAGAACUAUGUCACACCAUCAUACAACAUCAAAGACCUAUCAAACAAUUCAUUUGUUGAUCUUUUGUGCAUGGAUGAUGUUUUAUCAGCUGCAGCAUCCAGUUUGACACUUUCAUGCUCUGUUUGUCUUAAAUCGAGGCGUUCUAAAGAGUUCAAACACUCCGUUUUCAUUCCACACCGCGAAAAAGACUCUCCAUUUGUUUCAUGGAUUUGUCGAUCAUGUUUUGAGCGGCAAAGUCCUAAAACUAAAUUUGAAAUGAAAUCAAACUUCCCCGAGAUCCACCAGACAAUUGAGAACUGUGGCCAGAACUGUCCUGAUGACAAAAUCAUCGAAUCAUUCGAAAAGAUGUCGAAACGUGUUAAAAGCACUAUUUCAACUAUCAAACAACGACCAAUUGGCAAUCAGAGGUCAAUUAUUCCAGUUGUUAUUUCUCUUCAUGAUGAGUUCAUCAAGAUCUUGAAAGUUUUCCGUCAGAGAUUGAUUCAAAUGGAGAAUAUUUCAUCAAACGACUUAGUUACAAUCAAAGACGUCACAGAAUACAACGCAAGAAUCGGAAACAACCAACGCGUUGUCAAAGUUCCAGAACCAGAUAUCGAAGUUGUCGACAAAAUCACAUUUACUAAAUUCAUUGAAGAGAUGACAGAAACAUGUCAUGAAAAUCUGACAUCAGUUUUGACUAUGUCACCAUUUGAUCUUUACAAGAAUAUCCAAGAACAAUCUAAGAAUUCUAUGAAGACAAAAACAACAGAUGACAAAAUUCAAAUGGAUUGCGAUGAUUUCACUGAUCCGAAAUGUCACUUCACUUUUCAAUCUACAAAUGAUCAUAAGAUCACAGACAUCACAAAUGAAUAUCGUAUCAGUGAAAUUGAUAACGGUUUGUUUAUUUCAAACAAUUUUGUCACUUUUAAGACUAAAGGCAAAAUUGUUGGAGUUUUCAAGAUUGUCUCUAAAUUACUUGUUUGUCUUAAAACAGACGAUGUUUUAAGAGUUUAUUUGUGUCCUUUAUCAGAUACAUUUGUCGAAGAAAAUGUUUUGAUCAAGGAAAUCCAAAAUGGUCAACUUUGUCACUUUUUUGAGAAUCAACUUUUAAUUUAUGGAGAUAAAAAAGUCACAAUUCUCGAAAUUGACGAUAACUAUGAUGUUCAAAACACUAAAGUUAUCGAAAACAUUCCAAUUGAAGUCAAAUACAUUGGUUCUGCAAAUGAUACAUUCUAUUUAUGUUCUGAUAAUUCGUUUGUUACUAUUUAUGACGCAGAAAUUUCAGAUGUUAAAGAAAUUGAAGGAAAAAUCAUCAAUGUCACAUCAUCUUCAUCUAAUUGCUUUGCCAUCAGAGAUAACCAGACGGCUGUUUCAUUGUUAGAUGAUGAUUUCAUCAAUGGUGUCCAUUCAAAAGCUGUUUUUACAUCAAUCAACGGUUUAUGUGGCAUUUUGUCAUUUGACGAUAGUGGCAAACCGUUUUUCACACAAACAACAGAAAACGUCACCAAAAUUAAAUUUGUCAACAAACGAGAGAAAACAAUUACUAAAGAAACAGGUCUUUUCAAGAUCAAUAAACCCGAUAAAAUUACACCACAAAUGGUGUCACAUCUUUUGUCUUCUUUUGUUCCUUCAUUGGUUAUGACAUUAGAUAACAAUCGUUUUGCUACAUUUGUCACGAAUUCGCUUGAAAUGAAGAGUCUUUGUGUCAAAAGGAACAAUUUCGAAGGUCAAGUUAAAAACUACUUCAACAAGUGUCUUAAAACAGUUAGUUUACAUUCAACAGAAGAAACUGUUUUAAGUGUUGAUAGUCUUUGUUCAUUAGUUUGUUUUAUUGGUCUUAAUUCCGCAUUUUCUGCAGUUGAUUCUAUUUUCGGACAUCGAUUUUCUAAUUCAAGUUUUGAUGGAGUUUUUGUGUCAACAAAAUUCACAAAUGAUCGAAUUUUUAUUCCAUUAGUUUUUGAGAACAAGAAGAUUCAGAAGAAAGAUAUUCAGAAUGAGAUUGAUUGUUUAGUUUCUAAGCAGGUUCCAGUUGUUUUAGUUUGUGGUUGCAGCAAUGACUGUUUCGAAUACGAAGGAAUUGAUAAACUUAACAUUCUGUCAUUCAUUUGCCCAGGAAAAGAAUCAAAGAGGAUUCUGAGUGAAUUUGUUUCUAAGGAAAUCAAUUGUUUCGAAGAAGGUGAUGAAAAAAUCACUGAAGUUUUUGAAACCGUGGAAAAGGUCAAAGGAUCAGAUGCUAUUAAAUCAGCCAAAGAAGUUUUAUCUUUGAUCGCAACUAAGAAAGCUUUCGACAACUCCGAAAUUUCUUCUAUUUUGAAAUUUAUCAACUAA